AUGCCUCACAACCGCCGUUCUCGCCCUUCGUCCCUUCCGCCCUCCCUCCCUUCUUUCCGCCUUACAGCAACCCCGGAUUUCGCGGAGGUGUAUCGGUUCAUAGGGCUCGUGUUCGACCCGUCCACGUCGGGCCACCUCGCGCACCUCAAGGCCAUGGCGCCCAUCGACCGCGAAACCGUGCUCCUGCUCAUGCGAAAUCUCUCCAUGAAUCUCGCCAAUCCUGAAUUUCAGCAGCAUGACGCGUUCAUGCAACUCAUGCGAGGCACGGGCGGCAGCGACGCCUCGGCCCCACCAGACGCACCACCAGACGCAGCCGCAGGCGCAGCAGCAAACACGGAAGCAGCAGGUGCUACAGCAGAAGGAGCAGCAGGAGCGGCAGCAGGAAGCCAGGAGGCAGAAAUCCCCAAGUCUAAGGGAGGCGCAGCAGAUGCAGCAGAUGGGGUACGAGAGGUCGAGGAGAAGGCGGGCAGGCAGACACAGGCCCAGGAGCAAAGACCAGAGAAUGCUGAGGGCUGUGCAAAGGCGGAAGAAGGUAGGGUGGAGGCGGGCAUGGCGGAGGCGGGCAGGUUAGCAGGAAGUGGAGUGGGUGCUGAUGCUGCUGCAGCAGGUGCCCAAGAGAGUGCAAAGGAACGAGCAGCAGAGGGGGAUGGUGCGGUGGGAAUGGAGGUGGAAGGGGGAGAGGCGAGGCCGCCAGGCGAUGGACAAGAACGUGUUGACGGAGCCAGUGGGGUCAACGGGGUCAACGCAGUCAAUUAUAUGACUGAGGCGCAGCAGUUGCAUGAUGCCCGGACUAACCCAGCUGGUGCGAAAGAUUCAAGAGGUGCUGAUGCUGGUGCUGGUGCUGCUGCUGCUGCUGCUGUUGCUGCUGAAUCGCAUAAGAGAGAAGCUGCUGGAGAGGCAGCAAACGAUGGGUCGUCUCCUGCGCCCACCUCGCCCUCUGGCCCACACUCCGCCCUUCACUCCGCUGCCCAUUCCGACCACCUGCUGGCGCACAACCACCAGGCGCUCCUCACAGCCAUGCGCGGAGGCGCCAGCAGCCUAGGGGGGGACGUGCCCCGCGCCAUAAGGGGAGACAUGGCCAGCAGCAUGCGGGGCCUUGUGCCCCGUGGGGUAGGAGGAGUUGGGGGAGAGAUGCCCCUGGGCGGGGGAGAUGUGGAGGAGCUUUUUAUGAUGUCCCACAUGAUGUCUGCCUGGCCGGGUUUCUCUGGAUUUGAUCUGCCAGAGGAUGUCAAGCCAGGCAUGGCUGGAGCAGCUGUGGUCUCGGCAGGAGGCGCGGUAUCUGAGGCAGGAGCCGAGGCAGCAGGUUCGGCAGCGAGGUCAGCGAGAGGGUUGGGGGCAGGAACGGGUGGUGGUGCAGGGAAGGGAGUGGGUGCGAGCACAGAUGCAGAGGUGCUGGCGCUGACAGCUGCUGUAGCAGCACGAGCAGCAGGGACAGGCAGCAGCGGUGGUGCUAAUGCUGCUGGGAAUGGUGCUGGUGGCGGUACCGGUGUUUCUGUUGGGGGUGGUGCUGGUGGUGGUGCCGCUGGUGCUGCUGGGGGUGGUGGUGGUGCGGGUGGUGGUGGUGGUGGAAUGAGCAAUGGAGGGGGUCAAGCUGCCAUGUGGGCUGGUCGGAUGGCAGGGGGGGGCAUGCCUGGUGGCAUGGCAGUUGGCAUGGCAGGAGGCAGCAUGGCACCUGCAAUGAGAGGCUUGCCGGGAGGCGGUAUGAUGGCACGGCCAGGCGGCAUGGUGAUGAUGGGUGGCCAUGAACCGGGGCAAGGCAUGGCUGGUGGUAUGGGCGGUGGCAUGUUGGGUGCAGGCAUGGGGAGUGCAGGGAUGGCGGGUAUGGGAAUAGGAGCAGGCAUGGGAGGAAACAUUGCUACUGCAGGCUUGGGAGUGCAUGCGCGGCCAGGUAUGGGUCUAGGUCCGGGAUCUGCAGGCAUGGGUUUACGCCCGGGGGCUGCAGGGAUGGGAGGUGCAGGCAUGGGUGCUGCUGGUAUUGGAGCAACAGGCAUGGGGAACUACAGUGCUAGUGCAAUGGACAUGGAAGGCAUGAUGGAUCUUCCUAUGCCUGUGGGCAUGAGUGGGGCUUCUUCAGAGCAUUUUUAUGUGCCAGGAAUGCUGCCUGGAAUGUUCAAGUUUUCGGGGUUCUCUGGUGCUGUGAUUCAAGGAGCAGGAACUGGUGGUGUUGGCGGUAUCAUCCCCUCGAGCGGCAUUCGCGGCGUUCUGCGCCGAGCGGAGCCGCUCGACGCGUGUCAGCCGCUCACGUCCCGCGCAAAGCGCUCCGAGCGGGCCUUCGCGCUGAUCACACGUGGCAACUGCCUAUUCGACACCAAGGUUCUGAACGCGCAAGUGGCGGGGUAUGCGGCCGCGAUAGUGUUCAAUAACGAGGACAACGACGAGCUUAUAUCGAUGUCGGCGCGCAACGUGUGGGACGUGGCGAUCCCCGCGGUCUACAUCUCCCACGCGGACGGCCAUUUGCUACUCUCGCUCCUCGCCGCGCAACCCGCGUCGCUCCUCAUCCUCCUCCCCACCCUCUCCGGCUCGCUCCUCCCGCUGCUCGCCGCGGCGCUCCUCGCGCUGCUCACGCUCUCCGUCUUCCUCUCCGCGUUUCUCAUAAUUAUGCGCCAGCAGCGGAUACGGCGCGCGCUCGAGGAGGCCCGGAGGGGCGGCGCAUGGGGGGCGGGGGGGCCGGAAGCGGAAGCCGUCGGGGGGAUGGGGGAGGAGGGGCUGGUGGUGAUGCGCGCGCUGCUGCUUCCGCCGCCGCGGCCGCUUGAUAUCGGCUUAUCAGCUGCGGAGCUGAAAGCGCUUCCAGAAAUAACAUACUCGCCUUCUAUGGAGGAUCUCGCGGAAGCUUGUAAAGGGGAUACUGGAGUGGAGGAAGGGGAGGAUGCGGAUGAGUUGGGAGAUGUGGAGGAGGGGAGGGUGCAGGGGAGCAGUGAGCAGGGAGAGGAGGGAAAGGAGGCGGGAAAUGAGGCGGGGAGGAGGAGGAGGAGAGGGUGGAGCAGGGCGCUAGAGACGUGCGCCAUCUGCCUGGACGAUUACCAAUCCGGGGACCGCCUCAGAGUGCUGCCCUGCGGUCAUGUAGUCUCCCAUAUCCCCCACCGCACCUGCCUCUCCCGUCUCUUCACUCGAUCCCCUCGAAAUGGCCCAUUUUACACUCCAAACCCUCACUCCUCUCCCAUCUCACCUCAGCACUCUCCCCUCUCCCCUCUCCCUCCUCUCCGCCGCUCAUCACCGGCAGAGUUGCACGCUGACUGUGUGGGCGAAAUGGGUUUGGAGUCAGCUCACCCCCCUCAUUCCCUUCUUCCCCUUCCUCUGCUUGCCAUCCCACAGAAGUGUGUGGACGAGUGGCUAACCACCAAGCAGCCCCUCUGCCCCAUCUGCAAGGGUGACGCGCACGCACCCUCCACCUCCCCUCCUGACAACUGCAGCAGCAGCAGCAGCAGCAGCAGCAGCAGCAGCAGCACUGCUGGCACCAACAAUGCCGCGCACCCCUCUGUUCCUGCGCCUCCUUCGCUGAGCCAACUCCUCUCCUCAUCCUCCUCCCCCUCUUCCUCAAGAUCAGAGACCUCCUCGCCCUCCUCUCGUUCCUCCUCCCCUCACGCACAAUCCCACCCAUCCACCUCUUCGCUGCUUCUCACCUCUUUGCUUCCCAACCUACCUUGGCUAAGGCACCCUGCCAGCUCCCGAGCCUCCUCGCCUGCACUGGCCGUACCUAGCCCAUCCGCUGCCGAGCCUGGAGCUAGUGACAUCCGGCGGCCGUUCCUCCGGCCCCCUAGCCCGGCUGCUUCUCCUACCUCUCCCGCCCUUUCGGCUGCUGACUCAGCACCUGUGCAUGCUGUGCUGUCACACCAAACAGAUUUGACGAGCAUCGGGUGA